AUGGAAUUUAAUUGAAUAAUUUUUUGCGAUUGAAACUUGUCGAAAAAUCGGUAUCGAAAAAUGCCACCGAAAACUGCACCUGCGACGAAAACCAAGCCCGCUGCAUUGAGGGGGGUGAAGGGAAAAGGAAAAGGGAAUAAAAACAAGCAGAAAAGGCACAAGCUGAAAUUGAAGGGAUGGUUGAAAACGGCGGCUGAUUGGGCGAGAUUUGACGCCUGGGCGAAGGUCAAUGCCUUGCCGAGAAACAUCCCCGAGCCAGAACCGAUCGUUCGAGUGGCAAAACCGUUGAGUCACUUCAAGAAACGAUUGCUGGUGAUAUCGCAGCCAGCGGUCAAGUCCGAUCCCGGUUUAUUGUGCAGAUUGGACUUGAGCGUUUCGAAAGCAGCGCUGAAAGCUAAGCCGUCAAAGCGAACGAAGGAGCUCGCGAAGUUUAUAUGGAAAGACGAGGACUGCGGAAGAGAAUUUCCCACCCCUAUUUCGAAGGCCGCUUUAAACUACAACCCGAGUCCGCGGAUCUUGGAAAUAGCGGAACCUCAUGUACGCGAAACACCGAGCUGUCGAGGUUUGGAAAUAUCGAAAAAUGCUCUCAACCACAAAACAACUAAGCGGGAAAAGAAAAUGUCACUGGCAAAAAAAGCACGCCUGUGUCCCGAAAUGCUGACCGAUGAAGAAAUGGCCAGACUUCUGACCCCGGACGGCGUAAAGAAAAGCGCUCUCAAGUACAAGAUCACAGAUUGGGUUUCGGUCCUGGCGAUACCUUCGUACAGAUUUUUGAAAGAUCGCCGCGACUCGGAUGCCAAGGAGAUGAAAAAACGGCUCGAAGAAAGCGACAGCAGAGGUAAGAAGGUCCUCGAGGAACGGCGCAAGAAGGAGGAAGAGGAGGCUGAAAAGAAGUCCAAAAAAAAUAAGAAGGAUCAAAAAGCUGGCUCAGGGGAUAAAGCCGCUGAGAAAUCGAGCGACGACGAUGGAACCGGUAAGGAGAAAUCUGAUGAAGACAAAAAACGCGAAGAGCAGGAAGCAAAAAUGGCCGAAAAACGGAAGAAAUGGAGGAAGGAACCGGGACCGUGCAAAUUAAAUAUAGGCGUUUCAAAAGCCGCCCUCAACGCCACAGCGUCCUCGCGUACGGAGGAAAUCGCAAAGCCUCAUAUUCACGUCGGCAAAUCGUGCAGACAAAAUGCAUUUGCCGUUAAAAAAAGCGCCCUCGGUGCUUCCGCUUCCGAAAGGGUUGCGAAACUCGCGGAACCCGCACAUCCAUCUGAUCCCGUAGAAAGACCGCCGCCACGAAAAAAAGACGCCUAUGGAAUGCCAAUUUUUCCGAAACCGAAAUACGGGAAACGAUUGCCCAAAGCGAAGCCUUACAAACAAGCGGAAUGCAAGGAUGAAGAUGAUGAAAAAAAGGAGAAAGAAAAAGAUGCGGAGAAGAGGAAGGAAGAAGCUAGAAAAAAGAAGUUAGAAUCCGUACCUCUGUUUCCCAGCAUAGAUCCGAUCAUCGAUCCGAAAGGGGCGAAGAAACAGGCGGAAGCUAGGAAAGCUGCCGAAGAGAGAAAGAAAGCCAAGAAAGAACAGAAGAAGUAACCUCAGGGUCUGCAUUCGCUGAAAGAAAAACGAGAUCAAAUAAUGAAUUGUAAUCGACCACCGUUGAAUAUAAAGUAACAUAUCGUAAAGCUGAUUUUAAAUUAUUCAAUCGUGAAGAUAAUGAACUUGUGGACGGUGAGACAUUUGAAUAAAAAUCGCAUAACUGAC